GCUGGCUUAGACUUUGGCCGAGUUGGCAGCUCCACGAGGACGCUCAGAGUCCAGCUCUCCAGCGUUCAAGCAUCUGACGGUACCCCACUCCUCCCAGGAGCGGUUACCUGGGCACUCUGUGCCCCUCAUUCCUGUCAGGGCCCAGGCUGAGGACCUGCUAGUAGGGCUCAGUUGCCUGGAGUCCGUUCAGCCCAUCCCCCAGUUCACUUUGCUUGUGGGAUCUCCCCGUUGCUCCUGCCCCUGGACUGAGUGGCAGGCCAUCCUACAAGCACCCGGACACUUGGCAUCAGUGGUGUCAAGACAACUCUAAGAAGGUUUUCUGUGAUCCUGCAAGACCUGUGUUCCUUCCUGGUGAUUCUGCCUUCAAUUUGAUUGCACAGGUACCACAGCAAGCCAGUGCUGUGUGUGCCGAAUUCCAGGGCAUCCUCUAGAUCAGCCACUACACUGAGCACAAGGACUCUCUGUGGGACCCAGGAGCAGGUAGUCACCCCUUUGGGGCCCACAACACCCGGCUCUCCCCAGACUUGUGGCCAGGGAACAUAGUAUUGAGGGCCCUCAAGGAGAGCGGGGUAGGGAUGCCUGAGCAGGACAAGGACCCUAGAGUCCAAGAGAAUCCUGAUGAUCAGAGAAGGGUCCCCGAGGUCACCGGGGAUGCACGGUCUGCAUUUCGGCCCCUGCGGGACAACGGAGGCCUCUCUCCCUUUGUGUCCAGGCCCAGGACUCUGCAGAGAGACCUCCAUGCCCAGAGGUCAGAAGUCAGAUAUAACCAUAGAUCCCAGACCUCCUGGACGAGCUCGUGCCCCGAACAAAAUGCCAUCUCGAGCUCCCACAGCUCUACUGGAGGCCUCCCGGGGAUAAAGCAGAGGAGGGGACCAGCCUCAUCCCACUGUCAGCUCACCCUCAGUUCCUCAAAGACAGUGAGUGAGGACGGACCUCAGGCUGUCUCUUCAGGUCACACCCAGUGUGAAAAGACGGCAGAUAUAGCACCAGGGCAGACACUGGCCCUCAGGAAUGGCUCCCCCAGAUCCCAGGCCUCUAGGCCCCGUAAACGCAAGCUUCCCCUGCCGCCACGCAGGCAAGGGGAUCCUCUGAUGCUGCCACCUCCCUUAGAGCUGGGGUUCCGGGUCACUGCCAAAGACCUGGACCUGGAGAAGGAGGCGGCAUUCCAGCGCAUCAACAGUGAACUGCGGGCUGAGGCCAAGGCCAUCUCGGACUGUAGACCCUCACGGCCUUCCCACACUUUGUCCUCACUUGCAACAGGGGCUUCUGGUGUGCCCGCUCUCUGUAAAGCACCCAGUAUGGAUGCACAGCAGGAGAGACACAAGUCCCAAGACUACCUGGGCCCAGUGGCCCCCCUAGCUUCUGCUGCAGAGGUCCCCUCUACAGCUCCUGUGUCUGGGAAGAAGCACAGACCACCAGGCCCCCUGUUCUCCUCAGAUCCCCUUCCUGCCACCUCUUCCCACUCCCGGGACUCAGCCCAGGUCACCUCGCUGAUUCCUGCCCUCUUCCCAGCUGCAAGCAUGGAUGCGGGCAUCAGAAGAACAAGGCCUGGCACUUCUACUCCUGCAGCUGCCUCAGCAGCCCCUCCCCCCUCCACAUUGAACCCCACGUCAGAGUCACUACUGAAUGGAGUGGAUGGAGGCCCUUCACAUUUCUGGGCCGCAGCCACAGCUGCAGCAGGUGCCCAGAGAUCAGAAGUCAGAUAUAACCAGAGAUCCCAGACCUCCUGGAUGAGCUCAUGCACCAAGCGAAAUGCUAUCUCAAGUUCCUACAGCUCUACGGGAGGUUUCCCAUGGCUAAAGCGGAGGAGGGGGCCAGCGUCAUCCCACUGCCACCUGACCCUCAGUUCCUCAAAGACAGUGAGUGAGGACGGACCUCAGGCUGUCUCUUCGGGUCACACCCAGUGUGAAAAGAUGGCAGAUAUAGAACCAGGGCAGACACUCACCCCCAGGAAUGGCUCCCCCAGAUCCCAGGCCGAUAGGCCCCGUAGACGCAAGUUUCCCCUGCUGCCACGCAAGCGAGGGGGGCCUUUGAUGCUGCCACCUCCUUUGGAGCUGGGGUUCCGGGUCACUGCCGAAGACCUGGACCUUGAGAAAGAGGCAGCAUUCCAGCGCAUCAACAGUGAACUGCGGGCUGAGGCCAAGGACAUCUCGGACUGUACACCCUCAGGGCCUUCCCACACUUUGUCCUCACUUGCAACAGGGGCUUCUGGUGUGCCUGCUCUCUCUAAAGCACCCAGUAUGGAUUCACAGCAGGAGAGACACAAGUCCCAAGACCACCUGGGCCCAGUGGUCCCCCUGGCUUCUGCUGCAGGGGCCCCCUCUACAGCUCCCGUGUUUGGCACGGAGCACAGACCACCAAGCCCCCUCACGUUCUCCUCCUCAGAUCCCCCUCCUACCACCUUUUUCUACUAAUGGUACUUCUGGUACUCAGCCCAGGUCAUGUGGCAGAUUCCUGCCCCCUUCCCAGCUGCAAGCAUGGAUGGAUGCAUGAGAAGCCCACAGCCUGGCACUUCUGGAGCCAUUUCUAGCCCUACAGCCACACCCACGGUAAUUCGGAGUAGAGUCGGAUCCAUGUCUGCAUUCCGUCAGAAGAAAAUCUUUUAAGAGAAAGGACCAAAGGAAAUAGGGCUUGAGGGGGCCUGAACACCCAGGGGGCCCCCCAGGAAGAGCACUUCCAUGGUGACUGUGGGACCUGGCCCGGGGAGCAACUCUGUUGGGUGGCACUUCUGUCUUUACUUUCCAUCACAUCCCUGGGGGACCAUUUAAACCGAUGCCUGCAAUUGCAAGUCGGGGAUCCAGUGCCACUGCAAACAAGGCAGGCUUCACGUGCAAGUCUGGGCCGGCCUCUGACCCUAGCAACUCCACUUCCCGCAUGGGCACAGCAAGGAGGAACCUGGCUUCUAAAGCUCCCUCAUGUGCUGUCAGGAGUUCUGCUGGACACAAGUCCAAUGCGCCAUCCUCCAGCUCAUCCUUCUCCACGUCGGGCUUUUGAGCCCAUCAUAAAUUCCUAGAGUGAGGUCCAGAAGGGUU